AUGCGCUCAUUUCGACUUCUACUCACUCGAUCCUAUGCCACAAAUGUGAACAACAAAAAUUCGAAUAGAAAUAGACCUGUGACUUUAGUGCGUUCAUUUGAAUCAACUGUUGAUUAUCGGCGACAACAAGCUCGACGAACCGUUCUUGUGCUGCUUGGACGUAGUCAGUGUGAAACAGAUGUAUACAAAAUGUGCUCUCGGAUAGGACAAAUAUCAAAUAUGACAUUGUAUACAGCAAAUAAAAAAGAAUGUGCUCUGCUCGAAUUUACUAAUGAAGAAAGUGUAAAAACUCUUUUAAAACAGAGUACUCAUUUUACGAACGAAAAUCGACUACCUUGUGUAUCGAGAAAUCUUUAUUUUGUUUCUCAUUAUUCAUCUGCGAAAUUUAAAAAUUUACCUAUCGGAAGGGAAAUUCAACAAUCAGAUGAUAUUGCUAUUGAUCAAUCAUUAGGAGAUAUACGUAAUGUAAGUGAUCAAAUAAGAUACUUUUGGCAGAAAACAAAAUUAACAGAAAUUGAUAUUAGACUGAGAUAUUUUGUGGCAUCACUUGUCGAAGAGGCGUUUAGUAGUAUAUUUGUUAACACAGUUUGUUUUCCAUUUGGCUCAUCUGUAAGUUCACUAGGCCGAUCAAAUUGUGAUUUGGAUAUGGUGAUUUGUCUCGAAGAUUUUAGAACUGUAAAUUUACAAUUACAACGUGAGGAAGAACAAACGCAAACUCAACAACUAAGGUUUUUAACAAAACGAAGUUAUUUGAAUGAUCGAUUUCAAGCACAAGCUUAUCUAAAGAUUCUUGCUGAAACAUUAAAACAUUUUAUGGCUGAAUGUAUAAAUGUGCAAAUGAUUUUACCGGCUCGUGUUCCGAUUGUUCGAUUUUAUCAUCGUCUAUCCGGUUUACAUUGUGAUGUAUCGAUGAGUGAAUUCAAAUCAUCUUAUUUUAUGACAAAAUUAUUGUGGAGUUUAAGUACAAUUGAUAGUCGUAUAGCACCUUUAGUCUUUUCUAUUCGUCGUUGGGCUAAAGAAUCAUCUAUUACUCAAAGCACGCCAGGUCCAUGGUUUUCAAAUUUCCAAAUCACUUUAUUAGUUUUGUAUUAUUUACAAAGUGUGAAAAUUAUACCAAAAUUAAAGUAUAACAACAAUCAUCCAGCGCAUGAUAGUGAUGAAGUUGGUAACGAUCAGAUUCUACUGGACGAAUUAGACAAUAUUCAUCGUACAAAAAUGAAUACAUCAAAUAAUAGUUCGUUAGCGAUGUUAUUAAGUGGUUUUUUUAAAUUUUAUUCUAAAUACAAUUUUGAAUCCGAAUUAAUUACGUUAUUAAAUCGGGAAAAUUUAACAAAACAAUCAUUGCUAUUAAAUCAGAAUAAUUAUCCACAUUUAACUGAACAAUCAUCACUAUUCAAAAGCAAAACUAGUGCUAAUCUUGAUAAAGAAUGGCCAAUAUUUAUUGAAAAUCCACUUGUACCAUAUCUGAAUGCCAGUAAAAAUUUAAUAUUAUCUGAAGGUGAACGUUUUCGUCAGGCAUGUACAAAAGCGUAUGAUAUUCUAAAUUCUCAAGAUUCAGAUAAUACACUGUUAUCUUUGUUUACACAAUGUAAACAAUCGUUACCAGAUGAUUUAAUAGCAAAAGCGUAUCCACCACCACUUUCAAUUUUGCCUGAUUUAGAAACAGAUUUAGAUAUUAGUGAUAGUCAAAAUAGUGUAAUGACAAUGGUAAGUGAUAAUGGUGUCAUAGUACAACAAAAUCAGCAAUUAUUAUCAUCAUUAAAAAGUGAAACAAGAGUGAUAUUCAAUGAAAAGGAAUUAGUUCAUGAUGAAUCAAAUGAGACAAUUGAUUCGUUUAUUGAUAAUUUAACAUACGAUAAACGUUUAAUUCAAAAAAAAACAACGACAUAG